AUGGGAAUCUACAGAAGAGGGGGAUGUUACAGAAUACUAACUGCGUUCACUGCGGUCAGACUGAGACUACUGAACACCUAUUACUACAUUGCCCCUACGCGGCCCAGUGAAGCUGCUCAGACAUCAAGGACAUGGACCUGCUUGCCGCCGAGUGGUAUAAACAGCGACAUCUUCUCUUGGGUGUGUUGGAAUCUAUGGACCACUCGGAACAAACUUCUGUUUGAGUCAAGACCAACCUCUGCACAAGCCACGACCACUAAAUCCCUUGUGAAUGCUCGUGAAUGGCUACAGGCUCAGGACCCCACCAAAUCUCCACAGAAGAAUACUCAGAUCCAAGCAAGACCGCCAUCGAUCCCUGUCGGGACAGUAACUUGUUACACCGACGCCGCUUGGAAAAAGGAAUCUCUCACCGCCGGUCUGGCCUGGAUCUUCGACUCAGCUUCAUCACUCACCCGAUCAGAUGGUUGUCAAUACCAAACUUGGGUCUCAUCAGCGCUUAUGGCUGAAGGGUUGGCUAUUCGGGCAACACCUCGGCAUCACCAAAAUCUGGAUCCGUUCAGACUCUCUUUCGCUCAUCAGAGCCAUAAACUCGGUUAA